AUGGCUCUGCUCGUCCAGGCAUGCAAAGGUGCUCAUCGUGCCCUCACGUAUCGCGUCGUUUCGCAUAGCGGUGAUCUCCGAAUAAGUGGUGAAAGUUUCUGCUGUCCGAGGGUAUUUUUCAACAGUGUAGUAGUGAAGCAGGUGGACGUAUCCACUUUGAACGGUUCGAUUGGCAUUCUGCCGAAACACGUACCUGUUCUGGGAAUGCUGAAGCCCGGCGUCGUUCGAGUCAUCGAUAGCAGUGAUAAAAGUAUCAAAUAUUUUGCCUCCUCUGGAACUGUUUCGAUGAAUCCGGAUGGUUCCUGUCAAGUGCUCGCUGAAGAAGCUAUCAAAAUUGAGGAUAUCGAUGUAUCGAAAGCAGAAGAGCAAUUGCGAUCGGCGCAGCGACGACUCGCCGAACCAAUGGACGAUUCUGCCAGAGCUGCAGUGCAGAUAGAAAUAGAAACAUACGAGGCAUUGCUA